AUGACAUCGGAGAUAUUGGAGCCGCGGGACGUCACGUUCCGAAACUACACUACCGACCAAGCUUCUGACUACGCUGCGGGGAGACUCGGAUACACCGACGCCCUUAUCGACUUCAUCCUCAACUAUCACAGAUCGACCAAUGGCGAGACCGCGUGUGUAUUGGAUGUCGGUUGUGGACCAGGGACCGCGACUCAAAAGCUUGCGCCGCACUUUGAUCUAGCUUACGGCGUUGAUCCGGGAGAGAGUAUGAUCAGAACAGCUACUGAACUUGGAGGAAGAACUCGCAGUGGCGGUCCAAUCGUAUACAAAUUGAGCACAGCAGAAGACAUUGAUAAGAUCAAUGGCAUUCUCCAGAGCUCUGUCGAUAUGAUAACAGCUGCGACUGCGGCUCACUGGUUCGAUAUGCCGCGAUUCUGGGCUGCAGCAGCCAAGGUGUUGAAACCAGGAGGGACUAUCGCGAUAUGGACUGUGUUCAGACAACCGGGUUCAUUUAAUAAUAACAACGAGCUUCAAUCCAUCUUUAAUGACUUUCUGGAUGCUCUUGCCCCUUACUCAAGGGCAGGUACUCAUCUUACUCAAAGCGGAUAUGUCGAUUUGCCCAUGCCUUGGGAUAAUCCCGAUACUUCCAAGUUUUACGAUCAGCAAGCAUCUGCCCGCCAUGUACUUACUGCUGAUGAUGGCUUCGUUGCUAAUACAGGUAGAAAGGACAGGAGCGAGGGCAAUAGUGAUGAGUCCGUGGACAAGCAAGUCCAAAGAAUGGAGAGAUUAGUAGGAACAUUCGGUUCAUUAAGUCGCUGGCAGAAAGGGAAUCCAGAGCUCGUCGGGACAGAAAAGGAUCCCGCUCGGAUCCUAAUGGGUAAAGUUCGCCAGAUGUUGGAAGGGAAUGGAAAGCCAAUUGAGUUGACAGCCUUGGCGGCCAAGAUGGCUGUUGCACUAAUUCUGGUAAAGAAGAAGUGA